AUGGAAAACAAGGACAGGAACUGCAAUGCGUCUAAGCUCAGAAAAGAGGUGGUGGAGCAUCUCUUAGAGCUCUUUGAUGACCCAGUCGGUGAUCGUGACUUAGAAAUUGAACUUGCUGCAAUGAUUGAUGCUGGCCAACUCUUUGUUUCAGCAACAUAUUAUCUUGAUGCUACAAUUGCCGCACGAGAGCUUCCUCUGUAUCUUGCCAUUGCUGAUGGUGCAGUUGUCGAAUCAGUUCAGUCAAAGCCCAUAUUUCCCAGGCUCUCCUCGCCGCACGCCUCCAUCAAGUCCCAGUAUGACGUGGUAGUAGUGGGCUCUGGUUAUGGCGCAUCUAUCGCCGCCAGUCGCUGCGCACGCGCGGGUCAAUCCGUGUGCGUUUUGGAGCGAGGCAAAGAGUGGUUGCCCGGUGAUUUCCCAGAGACUUUCAGUGAGGCGACAAAGGAAACGCAGGUCACAAUUGGCGGGAAGGGGAAGAAAAUAGGACAGUCAUCAGACUUGUACGAAUUCAUUGUUACCGAUGACCUCACUGUAGUCCAAGGAUGUGGUCUUGGUGGGACCUCCCUCAUCAAUGCGAAUGUGGCACUGGAUGCAGAACCUGCGGUAUUUCAGGACCCAUCGUGGCCGAAAGAAAUAAGAGAAGACAUGGAUCAGCUGACGAAUAUAGAUCGACAGCACUUUGUGGAUAUGAUUAAGCCCACACCAUAUCCAGAUUAUUAUCCACCACUGUCUAAACUAGAUCGCAUGAGAGACGGCCUUAAUGAAUUUGACAUCGAGGACCUAGACAAGUUCUUUUACAAGACACCGCUUUACGUAAAUUUCCAGGACACGCCAUCUAAUCACGUUGGAGUUCCUCAGCCCAAAUGCACAGGGUGUGGAAAUUGUUGUGGGGGUUGCAAUGUCGGCGCCAAAAACACGUUAAACAUGAAUUACCUGCCCGAUGCAAAAGUACAUGGAGCCGAGUUGUAUACCGAGGUAGAAGUAACUGCUGUCUUGAAGUCUUACAAUUCCACCGAUUGGAUUGUCAGUUACAAAAGAUUUGUCCCUGGCAGUUUUGACCUCGAGGAACAAAGAGUCCGUGUUACCUACGUCAUUCUUGGUGCCGGCGCGAUAGGUUCCACAAAAAUACUUCUUCGUUCAAAAGAACGUGGUCUGGACGUGUCCGACGAAAUUGGAAAACGCUUCUCAACCAACGGCGACGUACUCGGAUUUAGCUACAACGGAGACAAAAUGGCCAACUCUGUUGGAGUUGAAACCAAGAACAUGACUUCUGCCCAACCACCUGGUCCAUGCAUUACAUGCGUCAUGGACUUUCGUAAAACAAAUGGCGGCAGUUUUGAGGACAACUUUGUUAUCGAAGACGGAACGCCUCCGUCUGCCUUAUCUAUACCAUUUUCGGUUGGCGUGAGCUUCAGCGCAAAGGUCAUAGGAAUUGAUAAGUACCCUGCGACUGAUCUGCUUCAGAAAACAUUCCAGGUGAGAACAUCAAACACUUUAAUUUGUGAGCUACAGGGAAAAGGGAUUGACAACACACUUUCCUUUCUGUGUAUGAGUCAUGAUAGCGCGUCUGGAGUAAUUUCUUUCGAAAACAAAACCGACGACAUCGACAUUACAUGGGAAAAGGUGGGCUUUGAAAAGAGUUUCACAAAUGUCAAUCAAGCAUUAGAGAAAAUAGCGCGUGGUCUUGGUGGAACGUUUGUGAGGAACCCGACGUGGCUGGAGUCUCUGGGUCGGAGUGUCGUGUCAGCACACCCCUUGGGAGGUUGCCCUAUGGGAGAAUCUGGAAGAACUGCUGUGGUGAAUCACGCCGGGCAAGUGUUUGAUGGUGAGACAGAUGAGCUGCUCGAUGGACUCUAUGUCGUAGACGGAGCCAUUCUUCCUCGAGCAGUGGGAGUCAAUCCAUCGCUUACCAUUGCCUGUCUCGCCGAGCGUUGCAUGCGCCUCCUAGCAAAACGAGAAGGAUGGAAAAUCGAUUACAACAGAUUUACACCACUAGGUGAGUCAUUUUCUGAGGAGCUGCUUAAAAUAUCAGCGUUUGCUAAGAGAAAGCCCGGCAUCCGUUUUACGGAGAAAAUGCUCGGAACGUUCACGUCUACAAAGAAUCAAAAAGGAGGAACACCGUGUGAAUUCACCGUGACUAUAGAGUCUCAAGAUGUGGAAAGCAUGAUUAACUGUGACCCAGCACACGCCGCCACAAUAAGCGGCACGGUUACUUGUCCAGCACUGUCCAUGGCGCCAAUGACAGUCACGGCAGGUCAUUUUCAGUUCUUAAAUCAAAGUACUGAGCACAUAGACACCAAGGAAAUGGUUUACAAAAUGAUUCUCACUGGAAUUCGUGGCAAAACAUUUUCCUUCGAUGGCAUCAAGUAUGUAAAGAACGACUCGUUUGGAGAGAUCGGACUUGGAGAUACUACGACUUUGUUCGUUACCAUUUAUAACGGGAAUAAGUUCUCUGGGAAGCCCGUGGGAAAAGCAAAACUUUUUGUUACACCCCCCAAUUUCAUGAAGCAGCUGGCCGCGACCGAAGUUACGCACACAGAAAGCAAGAUGGAGAAGUUAAAGUGGGUGUCACGGUUCUGUGCCUUUUUCACUGGCAGUCUUUUGGACAUUUACAGUCCUGUUACAACAAAGAAGACCCACUUUGAUCUUAACGCACCGCCAAGGAUGAAAAGGCCCCUUCGACUGAAUGGGAAACAUCCAGAAGUCUACAAGUGCAUCACUAAAGAUAAGGUACCUGUAAUCCAUCCUUUGUUUACUCAUUACCAUGCAAAUUUAUUGGAACAAAACAAAUUUGAACUGCGAUUGACGCGUUUUGAAGGCGGGAAGAAGGGUCCUGUGGUAAUGUUUCACGGAGCUGGUGUGAGCAGUGUAAUUUAUAGCUUGGACACCAUUGAAACCAAUCUCGUCGAAUUCCUUGUGGAACACAGAUAUGACGUGUGGCUCGUUGAUUUGCGGCUGUCUUGUGACCUCCCGUGGGCUGUAUACCAGGAUUACACAUUGGAUGACUGCGCCGCAUUCGAUCACCCUGCAGCCAUAAACAAAGUCCUUGAAAUCACCAAGCAGAAAACUGUUCAAGUGGUUGCACACUGCGUUGGAUCCUGGGUGUGUUGUGCCUCCCUUCUGUCUGGUGCACUUGAGGGAAAGGUUAGAAGUCUGGUUUGCAGUCAGUUAGCUGCAAACCCUGUUCCAGCCUUGUUAAACAAGCUGAAAGCAGGCCUAUAUAUUCCGGGAACAGCAGAAGCACUCGGCGUAGAUGGACUCACCGCAGACACUGAUGACUUUGCUUCAUUCAGCGAUAAACUUUUUAACAAGUUCGCGAAAGGCGUCACAAGUAUAUUUUUGCCUUAUGAUGAAUUAUGCCGCAAUCCCGUUUGUCACAGAAUUACGUUUCUUUAUGGCCUACUUUGGGAACACGAGAAUCUGAACCCUCUCACACACGAUUCCUUGCAUGAGUUCUUUGGCUACUUGUCAACCAAGGUAGCGAAUCAGAUCGCCCUAACGAUGCGGAAAAGAAAGCUGGUCUCGGCAUCAGGCAAAGACAUCUACUUACCAGACAUGGAGAAGAAAGAUCGUCUAGAAUCGACAGCAUACAAGAAACAUAUAAGGAGAAUGAACAUACCCAUAUGUUUCAUUGUCGGUCAUUUUCAGUUCUUAAAUCAAAGUACUGAGCACAUAGACACCAAGGAAAUGGUUUACAAAAUGAUUCUCACUGGAAUUCGUGGCAAAACAUUUUCCUUCGAUGGCAUCAAGUAUGUAAAGAACGACUCGUUUGGAGAGAUCGGACUUGGAGAUACUACGACUUUGUUCGUUACCAUUUAUAACGGGAAUAAGUUCUCUGGGAAGCCCGUGGGAAAAGCAAAACUUUUUGUUACACCCCCCAAUUUCAUGAAGCAGCUGGCCGCGACCGAAGUUACGCACACAGAAAGCAAGAUGGAGAAGUUAAAGUGGGUGUCACGGUUCUGUGCCUUUUUCACUGGCAGUCUUUUGGACAUUUACAGUCCUGUUACAACAAAGAAGACCCACUUUGAUCUUAACGCACCGCCAAGGAUGAAAAGGCCCCUUCGACUGAAUGGGAAACAUCCAGAAGUCUACAAGUGCAUCACUAAAGAUAAGUUUGAACUGCGAUUGACGCGUUUUGAAGGCGGGAAGAAGGGUCCUGUGGUAAUGUUUCACGGAGCUGGUGUGAGCAGUGUAAUUUAUAGCUUGGACACCAUUGAAACCAAUCUCGUCGAAUUCCUUGUGGAACACAGAUAUGACGUGUGGCUCGUUGAUUUGCGGCUGUCUUGUGACCUCCCGUGGGCUGUAUACCAGGAUUACACAUUGGAUGACUGCGCCGCGUUCGAUCACCCUGCAGCCAUAAACAAAGUCCUUGAAGUCACCAAGCAGAAAACUGUUCAAGUGGUUGCACACUGCGUUGGAUCCUGGGUGUGUUGUGCCUCCCUUCUGUCUGGUGCACUUGAGGGAAAGGUUAGAAGUCUGGUUUGCAGUCAGUUAGCUGCAAACCCUGUUCCAGCCUUGUUAAACAAGCUGAAAGCAGGCCUAUAUAUUCCGGGAACAGCAGAAGCACUCGGCGUAGAUGGACUCACCGCAGACACUGAUGACUUUGCUUCAUUCAGCGAUAAACUUUUUAACAAGUUCGCGAAAGGCGUCACAAGUAUAUUUUUGCCUUAUGAUGAAUUAUGCCGCAAUCCCGACUAUAAAAUGGUUAAUUGGUGGAUUAUCCGACUGAUUUUAAAACUAGUGUUUUAUAUCGAUGCAUUUUACAUGGGUCCUGCACACAUCAGAAACCAGUGUGCACCAAUUAAAACAACAACAAAAUGUGCCACUAACGGAGGAGAAGAAGUAGCAAAGUUUGUUUUUCAACUUGCAGCUGAAAAACCUUUUCUCUUUACAUUUGUAACUGGUAUCACAAACUUUUGCAGAAUUACGUUUCUUUAUGGCCUACUUUGGGAACACGAGAAUCUGAACCCUCUCACACACGAUUCCUUGCAUGAGUUCUUUGGCUACUUGUCAACCAAGGUAGCGAAUCAGAUCGCCCUAACGAUGCGGAAAAGAAAGCUGGUCUCGGCAUCAGGCAAAGACAUCUACUUACCAGACAUGGAGAAGAAAGAUCGUCUAGAAUCGACAGCAUACAAGAAACAUAUAAGGAGAAUGAACAUACCCAUAUGUUUCAUUGUCGGUGAGUGGUAGUUGAAGGUAUACUGUGGUAGUGGCGGUAUAAUCACGUGCAGCAGUAGUAGUAGUAAUAUAACUAGUCGAGCAACAUUAGCAACCGCCCCUUCCGAAGCAGCCACCGCCACUGUUAUCGUCUUAAUCGUGGUUUCGGCGGUGUUUCAGCAAUGGCAAUAUCAUACGAGAAUUUUUCUCUUCUGCGAGCCUAUUGAGUUCAAAGGAAUUCACACCACAUUAGUCAAAUUUAAAUGGUCUCUUGAGCAAUAAAUCAUGUUUCUUUCUCAGCCCUCUUUAACCUAGGAAGUAGGAUGGGCGCCUGAAGGACUUCUUUAGGUUCAAUCUUUUUGUCCUUAAACACCAUUUAAGCAAAAGUGGUCGAAUUUUGUGACCUGUCCUAAAAGUUAUCACGAAAAAAAAUCGGAAACCGUUUGUCAAUUAUUUAAUCACGUGACUUUUUUUCAAUUGCAACCUUGUUUUUCAAAGAGUAUUUUAUAGAAAUUUUGGGGUUUUAAAAACCUGAAAUUUCUGUUUUAGUGCGAGUUUGGAAUUUAUGAGGAUUCGACCUCCCAACAAUUUCUUGUAUGGCGUAUCCGAUCGGCAAGGCCAACAUUUUGAAAUAUGUGAGGUCAUUUUCGCCUAAUGUAAUGGCAUGAUUGACACGCAAUUAUCACUAAAGUACACAGGCUCGGGUGCUUUACACAUAAUAUAAGAUGUAUUGCCAUUGACUAGGCAAAGGGAGUGGGAAGGUGGGGGGAAGGGUUACAAAAAGGUCACGAAAAGAAGGCCCAGGCUAAAUAGGAGCUAAAUAAGAAUCGAUGACGGAUGACGUCAGAUGACGUCAGUUACGUCAAAUUGGCGUUAUCAAUUUUUCCGUGUUUUGAAUCCGCUAUCUUGGACUUUGAUAGUAGGGGUAUCGAAUGGUCCCAUUCAACUUAAAAGUGUUCACAAAAUUUGACCUUUACUCGAAUUGCUCGCAAAAAUUUGAUGAGAACUCGUUUGCUCGUGCUAGCAAAAUGUCUGCAACUGCUCAUAUGUUCGGCUUCUGGAGUCUGGUAGCUUUAAGUCCCUUUUCGUAGUGUGGUUAGAAAGAUUUUAAUAGAUCUCAUUGAUCAAUUGAGCGUCCCCUCAUUGACUCAGGUGAAGCUACAUCAGACAAGGCAUAAUUGGCUGUAAGCUGCUGGGAUUGGUUGAAUAGCGAUAAAUCUUAACAUGCUGCCCGGCUUUGCAACCAUUGUCCCGUUUUGGAGGUGUCACGCCGAUUACAUGGCACAAAACAACGUUUCCUUUUAAUGAAAGAGAGAUUCCGGCUAGCGGAGAAUUUACAAAGUGCUCGCUGCUCGCUGCUCGCCAUCUCUAUUUUCUAAAGUGCUCGCUGAUCGCAAGACAAAUUUUGAACUCUGCUUGUGCUCGCAAUAAUA